AUGAAAUCAGCGUUCACAUGUUUAUUAUUAUUAUCAAUAUGGUGUACGUUAAUAAUAAUACCAAAUCAAAUUUGGUUUGCAAUUGGUAUUCUUAUUCUUCUCGACGUUUCAUUAAUUGGUUUACUAAUUUGGCAACGUCGUGAUCAUUUUUUAUUAUCAUGGAUUAUUGUUUCAUGUUGUAUUAUUUUGCUUAUCGCUGCACCAAUAUCAUCAUUAACAUCUUUAGCGAUAUUAUUAUUAUUUCUUUGCUAUACCUUAUUGCCUUUACAAAUUUUUCAUUCAAUUAUUGCUGCCAUUUUUAUUAGUUUUACAGCAAUAAUUAUUCGCUUUAUUUCUACAAAAACUUCUAAACAAGUUAUUGUGGAAAUUCUCACUCUAUUUGCAAUGAACUUGAUUGGUUUAUCAGUUUAUUACCCAAAUGAACUUAUUCAAAGGAAAACAUUUCGUCAAACAAGGUCUCAUUGUUUUUAUGUAUCGGAAAUUAAAAGAAAGCAAAUUAUCAAACAACAAAGGAAAGAAACUCGUUAA